UGUUGGAAGGAGUCGGCCGAGGUUAUAAGUAGCAGCCAUGUUGGGAAGGUCAGAAGUGUGAGGGAAGCGGAGCCGGGAGUUGGGGAGUGGGAACCCGAGCCCAGGACAUGCUGAGCGGCGCCUUGCUUGGAGUAUCCGUGAGGAGAGAAUGGCUGCUGCACAAGCUCCCGGGGCGCGUGGUCUCCAGGGUAUACAUUGGACCUAUGUGCAAAACCAAAUCCCAGCAAGGACCUGUUGGCCGGCCUGGAACACCAUUCUGCCGGCAGACAACGCGGACUUACUGUUCCCUGAGACUCACUCGGAAUCAGACGCUGCGGCUGGGUCUCCCUCGGGCCCUUAGUCACGGGGCAUUGUGGACUAACAGGUGGCGUUGGUACAGCAGUGCCACCUCCUCGCAAGCUGCAGGCACCAAGGAGGAAAAGCCCCCCACUACAGGUAGGAAAGACCUGAGCUCACAGGACCUGAGGAGGCUGCUUUCCCUCGCCCACCCGGAGAGAUGGAGGCUUUCCGCUGCCGUGGGAUUCCUGACCGUAUCCAGCGUGGUCACCAUGUCCGCUCCAUUUUUCCUCGGGAGAGUCAUCGACGUCGUCUACUCCGAUCCCACCGGAGACUUCUCCUCCAGCCUGACGUCCCUUUGCGCCUUUCUGAGCGGCGUCUUCCUGUGUGGCGCCGCAGCCAACGCCGCUCGCGUCUACCUCAUGCAGACCUCGGGGCAGCAGAUUGUGCGCAGGUUGCGCUCCUCCCUUUUUGCCUCCGUUAUGAGACAGGAGGUUGGGUUCUUCGAUAAAACCCGAACUGGAGAACUGAUCAACAGGCUGUCCUCCGAUACCGCUCUGCUAGGCCGUUCCCUCACCGAGAACUUGUCAGACGGCCUGAGAGCGGUGGCCCAGGCCUCCGUUGGGGUGGGAAUGAUGUUUUAUGUGUCUCCUCAGCUGGCUGCCUUCGUUCUGGGUAUUGUGCCACCCCUUGGCAUCAUGGGCGUGAUCUAUGGCCGAUAUUUAAGGAAACUGUCCAGACUGACGCAGGAUUCCCUGGCUGAAACCACCCAGCUGGCGGACGAGCGUAUCGGCAGCAUUAGGACUGUCCGUGCUUUUGGGAAAGAACUUCUUGAGAUGAGGAAAUAUGACCACAAAAUAGACCACGUGCUCCACUUGGCGCACAAAGAGGCUCUGCUCCGCUCUGGCUUCUUUGGACUUACUGGUCUGACUGGGAACCUCAUUGUGCUGGCAGUGCUGUACAAGGGGGGACUGCUGACCGGCGCGGCGCAGAUGACAGUCGGAGAGCUCUCCUCGUUCCUUAUGUAUGCCUUUUGGGUGGGGAUAAGCAUCGGCGGCUUGAGCUCCUUCUAUUCGGAGCUGAUGAAAGGAUUUGGGGCGGGGGGCCGCCUCUGGGAACUGCUUGACCGGAAGCCCAUCAUGCCUUUCAACGAGGGCUUGGAGAUACAACCAUCAGCCUUUAAAGGUGCCCUGGAGUUUCGGGAUGUAAGCUUCUCUUACCCCAGCCGGCCCGACACCAACAUCUUCCACGGACUCAACCUUUUUGUCCCUGCGGGGUCAGUCAUGGCGGUGGUGGGCCCAAGCGGCUCGGGGAAGUCAACUCUUGUUUCUCUCCUGUUGAGGCUCUAUGAUCCCCAGGUCGGGGAGGUUCAUAUAGACGGGUACGACGUGCGCCAGUUGAACCCGCUCUGGCUCAGGUCCAAAAUCGGCACCGUGAGUCAGGAACCAGUGCUCUUCUCCUGCUCCAUCUAUGAAAACAUUGCCUACGGUGCCGAGGAGCCUUCGGCGGUCACGGAAGCAGAUAUCCGCAGAGUGGCCAAAAUCGCCAACGCUCUGGGCUUUGUGGAAAGCUUCCCCAAAGGAUUUGAUACGGUCGUCGGGGAAAAGGGGGUGUUGCUUUCCGGGGGGCAGAAACAACGGAUCGCCAUUGCCCGAGCGCUCCUGAAGAACCCCAAGAUUCUCCUCCUGGAUGAGGCCACCAGCGCUCUGGAUGCCGAGAAUGAGUAUUUGGUCCAGGAGGCUCUAGACCGACUCAUGGAGGGACGGACUGUUGUGAUUAUUGCCCAUCGCUUGUCCACCAUCCAGAACGCGGACUCGGUGGCGGUUCUAGAUCAGGGCCGCGUGGUGGAGUGCGGAACCCAUAAGGAACUGCUGGCAAACAGAGAGGGAGUCUUCAGCAAACUGAUGGACAAGCAGGCCAUUCUACUGCAGGGCCACCAACAGCGCAUCCAGACCCUUCAGUGAGGGACGGGGCAGUAGGAGAUGUGCCCGACUGGGUAUAUCCGGAAAGUCCCAGCAUCCCCUGGGAGCAGAGGGCACGGGUGGUGGGAGCUGUAGUAGAACAACUGCCUCAGAUGGUAAAUCCGUAGUACAAACACCUGGGGUAUUAUUGCUAUUUACAAGGUAAAGAAGCUGCACUAUGUUACUGGCACACUGGGAAGGCAAAAUAUGUGCCCAAAAGUACCCUGGGGGGGGGGUGACUCAGUACAACGGGGUGUAAAUACCCUCAUAUGGGCAGGAACUGCCUGCUGGGGGAGUAAUCAGGAAUAAAGUAUUUUAUGUCUCUAA